CCGGUCGCUGGUUCAUGUCCGUGCUGUGGAAAUAAAACAACCGAACUGUCUCCGCUCCUCAAGACAAGACAACUCCGAGCCGAGUGGACGGAUCCGCGGACACAGCUGGAGGAGAACUGAGCGCAGGCUGACUCGUUCAAUUAGUUCCAGGAACGAAAAACUAGUUUUUCAGAUUGAGCUGCUUGAAAAACUGAGAUGGCCAAGGUACAAGUGUUAAAUGUCGCCGUGCUGGACAACCCCAGCCCGUUUGGGAACCCGUUUCAAUUCGAAAUCACGUUUGAGUGCAUGGAGGAUUUACCAGAAGAUCUGGAAUGGAAGAUAAUCUAUGUGGGUUCAGCUGAGAGUGAAGAGUACGACCAGGUUCUGGACUCGGUGUUAGUCGGCCCGGUACCAGCUGGCAGACACAUGUUUGUGUUUCAGGCUGAUGCUCCGAACACGAGGCUGAUCCCAGAGAGCGACGCUGUGGGAGUGACUGUGGUUCUUAUAACCUGCACUUACCGCGCGCAGGAGUUCAUCCGCAUCGGUUACUAUGUCAACAAUGAAUACACGGACCCUGAACUGCGAGAAAACCCUCCCAACAAACCAGACUACGCUCAGCUCCAGAGGAACAUUUUGGCCUCCAACCCCCGCGUCACCCGCUUCCAUAUCAACUGGGAAGGCUUGGCAGACAAGAUGGAAGACAGCGAGAACGUGGAUCCGUCCCCCAACAUCAGCGGCAUGCUCCCGCCGCCCUGUGUAGCAGGGAAGAUGCCGCCUCUCGGACUGAUGCCGGAAAACUCCAUGGACUGCAUUUAAGGAUAAUUGCAUUAAUCUGAAAGGACAAGGUGCCCCUCUCAUCGACACCGUCACCAACAUUGAAAAUGCAUAUUUUGACAGGGAGGCCAUGGAUGUGUCUGUCACGGCUUGUGGACAUUAAUAGGGAGCAGGACACACCAGCAGGGAUUUCAUUUUUAUAUGUAUUGCAAAAAAGAAACCUACAGGUUCUGUCUGGAUUGUUGCCACAUUUGGUUUCUUUUCUUUUAUAUUUUUUUUUCAACUUGAUUGAAUCUGCUCAGAUGGAAUUGCCUUAAUUUAUAGUCUGUUUGAGGUGGAAGUUUGAGUCACCAGGGUAAUCUUAAGACGGGAUCGCCGUCUCCUCACAGCCUGGAGAGAAUCGAGCAGACGGGGAUUUUGGUAACCCGGGUGUGCUGUUAAUGUUGUCCUCUUGAGCACAGAUCAAAGCCUCGGGCGGUUCUUUGUGUGUCGGAGUAGAUGUAGCACUCGCUGCUCAUUUUAAAGCGCUCCAUUGUUCUGAAGGUUUCUCUCGCCGCAUGCCUACCUGCGGAAACGGAUACCCAGCCGAACAUAUGGGUCGUGUCACUGAGCUGGUUAUUCGGCGUCAUCUGAAGCCCACGCAGAAUGCAGCCAUGCGGUUCAAAGAUUUGCUGCGAGGUUUCCCAGAUUACUCAGUAAACCCGUUUGCAUACUGCUCCUUGGUGUAAUGUUACAUAAAACACCUGCUUGUACAGGAUGAACAGGUGCCAUGUGGCAGUCAGACUGCAGGUGAUGAAGAGUCACUGUUAAUGUUUUCCCGGCGCUUUCAUGGUCUUCACGAUGAAGGCACGUUUUCUUUUUGUAACUGAAGUGAUUGAGUUAAUAAAGUUGGCUUUGUUGA